UAUAUUGUGUUUUUUAGGCAACUGUCUUGCUAUAUUUAUAAUCUACUACCGCGGAGUAGAUUUUCGGAAGAGUUCUCAUUUCUGGAAAGAGCUGUCCUGCGUUGUAACUACUACCUGGGCGGAAGGUAGAUAAUCGGCUGGGGCUCUUACUUUAGCUUUAAGAUUGUUGUUAACUUUACUACCACGAGUUGAGUUCUUAAUUGGUCUCUACGUUUCGACGAGCUUGCUCUAAACAUCGUCAGGAGACUAGAGAGAUAUGAGACAAGUGGGCAUAUUUAUUGAUGCAAAGUGUUCAAUGUAGUUGCAUCUUGUAAGCUCAGUGCAGCUACAAUUUGUUGCCACAGCCAGAAUAUCUAACACACUAACACAGUGGAAUGCGCUUUAUCAUCUAACUAUAGCUGUUAAACUGGGGUGCUGUCGCUCUCUUUGUCGACAUUGACAUGGUUUUCCAGUGUUGAUUAUACUUUACAGACGGCAAAGUAAACGAAUGUUGGUUUCUCUAAACCGUAGUAUGUAGUAUCAGCCGUUUGUACAAGGACACGGUCUUUGUCAGUUUGAGUGAUAUCACUGUUGAUCCUCGUCAGCACAGCUAACCAAUUAGCUUGCAGAUAAUCUCCGACACUCGGUUGCUAAACGACACUCGGUUGCACAAACACAUAACUGAACUCCAAUUGAAACAGUCGCACAAACCGAGUGCAAAUAAUUAUAAGAAAUCACCAACCUAAUUGUUUGAUCACAAACAUCAAGCGCAAUGGGUGGUUGGUUUCUCUGUACCGUAGCUGUAGUAUCAGCCAUUUGUGGUUUAAGUCAAUCCUGUUCACCAUGCCCAUUCCAAUGGAUGGAGAAUGGAAACUAUUGCUACCGAUAUUUCCCUGAAGACCUCUCCUACGAUGAUGCUGAGAUGUUCUGCAAGCAGUUCAGCCACACUGGACAUGUUGCAGAACUGGCCACAGUAACGACCCUUGAGGAACUCGCAUUCGUAAUGGACUACCUGGACAACAUAUACACUUAUGUACCAGAGUCAGAGAUCCCGAUGAAUGUAUGGCUAAUGAACACCUCUCAGAAUAUUCCAGAUAUUGUUCCGAUUCUUGACCGAACCUUGGGUCCUACGGAAAGCCACGUCAUGUCAUGUGACUCCGUUCCAGUAAGCGGUGACUGGUUCCAACUCGGCGGAGAUACCAGUCUGAUUGAAUUAGUUCCUGCUCCUGACGUAGUUGAUCACGCAUGCGCUGUGUAUGCCAAAACAGGUGUAUACUUAGACAUUGGUGACUUUAGUGGGACUUGUGUUUCUGACCCAGAUCUCUGUGGAUCUCUGACGUGGUCUUUAUGGCUCAAGAUAGAUACGUUAUCAGACUUCGCUGAACGAUACUACGUCAGCUCUGGAGGACAAACCAAUAUGGCCAAGGGUAUUGCGUUCCUCUAUCACACUGACCAUUUUAGGUAUCAGAUCAAAACAUCAAGUUCCAGUUACGUCACAUAUUAUUCCUCGUCUACGAUACCUAAAAACCUUUGGUUUCACUUGGCUUUGACAUUCGAUGAUAUGGCCGUUGGUGACGCCAUUCAGCUGUUUGUCAAUGGUGUGGCAGUUGCUAGAGAUACAUACCUCACGCCUGCUGGAGUAGCGUCUGACGGUUGUACGGAUCUUUACAUGGGUCACUCCAACACCUGCAAUAAUGUAUACGAGUCUAGUAUCUACGGUGGGUCUGCGGCGUACAGUGAUUUGACGGUCUUUGACGGUUUUCUCACUCAAGAUCACAUACGAGAUAUGCAUUCAUGCGGAUCACACGAAUUGGCUCUAAUGGUUCGUAGUGUUGUAAUGAAGAGCAGUCUGGAAUACGAGUGCACGGCUAGCGACCCAUCUGGUCCGAUCAUUACAUGGAGUCUGUAUAACAAAGAAACUGAUAGUUGGGAGAACUUAGACACGCCAGGAUAUGACUACACUAUCCAAUCGGUGGCUGUAUCUACGUGUGUAGUUCGCUCUACAUUGGCGAUGAGUUCAAGUCAAGUCAGUCCAACGGCCAUUGCAUGUACAGCUCAGGCUGGAUCCAACAAUGCAUCUGUGACGAUCUACAAAGGCAAGAAAAUGACGUUCAGCUUCAGUGAUCAGAAACAUAUUGGAAUACCAAUAUUUGCAGAGGGCAGUUUGGUGCACUUCACCAAUAAAUUUGGCUACCAGCGAGAUGUGUCCAGUCCGGUAGAUCAGGCUAAAUACCCCUUUAUCUGUAAGAUACCUGAUAAGAAACAUUGAAGAAAAAAUAUACUAUUUGUUUUUGGAUCUCUUUUCAUAUUGAUGUAAAUGUACAAUAAAACUUACCUGUGAACAUUUCAUUUCACAAAGUGAUUGCGUUUUUGAGAUAUUGCCGAAAAUCCGAGGCGGAUGUCAAAGCAGGGAGCUCGGAUUCAAAUUUCAGGGGGAAAAAAAGACUUUGAAAUCUUUUUACAUAACCACAUUACUUUGAGGUGAAAUGUUUCUCAAAAUGUUUUAUUCUAUUGAAAGUUGCUGUCAACUUCUAACAAAAAGCUGUUAUUGACACUAGUUUUAAGAGAGAUAUUAGCAAGAGUCUUUUAAGACAAUGGACACCUUUGGUAAUUGUCAAAGACCAGUCUUCUCACUUGGUGUAUCUCAACAUUAU